AUGAAGUUCCUCACAUUCUCCCUCCUCAUCCCGAUCGCCUACCUCUCCAUCCUGAUCGGCAGCAUGGCCACCUUCUCCCACCUGUACCGCCAGAGACAAGUGAAGAAGAAACUCCGGCUGGCGCCCUACUUCCCCCCGCACACGACCCGCAACAUCUACCUCUCCCUCCUCCACCUGCAAGACGACGGCAACACCAAAGUGCCCGACUCGGUGCUGCGGGCCGCGCUCCUGGCACGGGCGUGCGACGACAUCCGACGCAUCAUGGAAGUCCGCAUGCGGAAGCCCGCGCUGGCCGCGCUGCUGCAACGCGGGGUCGUCGGCGACGAGAUCUUCCAGCGACUGCAGCGCGCCGAGCAGGAACUCGAACUCGAACUCAAGGACGUGGUCGCCGAGGCCAACGCGUUGAGCGGAUCGGGCGGUGGGCCGGGCGGCUCGCCGGGCACGUGGGGACAGACCAUCUUCCAGAGCGCCAACGAGAUGGUGCAGAACCAGAUGCUGCGGGAGAAAUUGGACGCCAUCAAAAAGACCCUGCCGGAGGAGAAGGAGAGGUGGGAGAAGCAGCGGGAGACAGCCAGACGGGAGUUACUGGGCGGCGACGACCCGUCAGGGACUACCACCGCGGGCGGCAAACCCAGCACUACCUCUACUACCUCUACUACCUCUACUACUCCCGCUGUAGCCUCAGCAUCUCCACCAGCAGCCCCGGCAGAAAAGACGGCCCCCAAACCCGCCACAGCAAGCAGCGACGAGGACGGCGUCAUCGUCGAGACACCCGCCGCCGAAAUUCCGACCACCACGGGCAAACAGAAAAAGAAGAAAGGGAAGAAAUGA